CACCUGGCCCAGUCCACUCCUGCUUCUUGCCCCUCACUGCGCUGGGUAACACAGGGUCACAAACCAUAACAGGCUGGAAAAGAGUUGUUUGGCUUGCAUCCAUGAUUGUUGGAUCUCCCAUGUUGAUGGUGCAACAGUUAGAGGUGAAGUAUGACUUCCUAUACGACCUAUACCACGUGUGCUGCCAGGAGCUAUAUGCCACCUUCAUCCUGGUAGUUCUGUUCCUUCUGCCCCUGGCGGCCAUGUUGAUCCUCUACACACGGAUAGGGAUCGAACUGUGGAUCCGCAAGAGGGUGGGCGACUCCUCUGUACUUGACACCAUGAACCAGGGAGAGGUGGGAAAGAUCUCCAGAAGGAAGAGGAGAGCCAUCAAGAUGAUGAUUACCAUUGUGGUGCUAUUCACUGUGUGCUGGGCCCCAUUCCACACCGUCCACAUGCUCUCUGAGUACAAUUACCUGAACGAGCGGUUCCAUCUAGCGCUCCAACUCCUUCAACAACCCCAUCGUCUACGCCUUCAUGAACGAGAACUUCCAGAAGAACUGUGUGUCCACCUCUCCCAGUGCUGCCGACGGCACCAGAAGAUCCAAACUACAUGUCCGUUUUACCCGACCGAGGGACAGACAAGAGACAUGAGACUCUGGAUGUCAUAAAUUCAGCCGAGGCUGCCCCUCCUCCUUGCUCGGGCAGGCUUCGGCGUUCGUCGUCACCGGAGUACUAGCUGCCACCGAUCUAUGUUUCUGUGUUCCACUUGUUUUGUCUUGAUUGCACACACCUGAUUCCCAUCACGUUAAUUUGUUUCCCUAUUUUACCCUCUGGUUUCCUCAUGGUGUUGUGUGUGAUUGUUCGUUGUUUUGCUGUCUUUCUUGUGAGCUGGUAUUUUCUUCCCUGCGUGGAAGAUAUUCUCUGUUACUUUUGUUAAGUAAAGUACGUCGUUUACUAAGUUCUGUGUCCUGCGCCUGACUCUGUCCUACCGCUACCCACUGACGCAUGACACUGGACUCUGGAGAGAGAAUAUGUGGCAUCAAUCAUCCAUAUUUUAUUUAUCUACCUUAUUUUUCCUCCACUUAGUCUGGUUUUAUAGCACUCCCUUUGAAAACUGACUAUAGGUAGGGUAUUGGUAUCCUCCAGAGUUAUGUAUAAUUUGUGAUGUUUGUGCAUACAUUGUUGUGGCAUUAAAUAAAACUGUGCUGUGACUGGGUUUUUUCAAUUCUCUUUGACAACAGAUGAAGGCUGAAGAAUGUGUCAUGCAGGGGCAGCUAGUGAAAUCACUGCAACCCUAAACAAAGAGUUGCAGUCAGC